AUUCUCUUGUAAACCACUUAUUCAAUCAAUAAUGAUCAUGUCUCGUAACGAGUGGUUAAUGGUUCUGGUGAUCAUUGCUCUGUUUAAUACUGAAAACUCACUUGGCAGGCUGGUUUUUGAGGGAUCCACUGGGAUUAUUAAUGGUUUCCCAACGUUGACAAACACCAAGAAGCACGUCUAUGGUCAAGCCUUCGAUGACGAGCCAUUCCCUUUCAAGAAUUCGACCAACGGUAACAUGACUUCGUUUUCUUUUACCUUCUUCUUUGCUAUCGUCCCUGAGCAUAGAGAAAGAGGCUCUCACGGUAUGGCCUUCGUGAUCUCGCCUACAAGAGGCCUUCCAGGUGCUUUUGCUGAUCAGUACCUCGGAAUAUUCAACGAUACAGACAAUGGAAAAAGCUCGAAUCAUGUCAUUGCUGUGGAGCUCGAUAUACAUAAAGAUGAUGAAUUUGGUGACAUUAAUGAUAACCAUGUUGGUAUUAACAUUAAUGGAAUGAGAUCUAACAUAUCUGCUCCUGCCGGGUAUUUUGAUCAAAAGGGUCAGUUCAAAAGCCUUUCUCUAAUCAGUGGAAAUCUACUCCGUGUCACGAUUUUGGAAGAAAAACAGCUUAGCGUCACCUUAUCAUCACCAGAGGAGGCUUAUUACCCGAAUCAGCCGCUUCUAUUACUGAACCAAGAUCUGUCACCGUAUUUGUUGGAGAAAAUGUAUCUCGGCUACACUGCCUCCACAGGUUCGAUUGGAGCAUUACAUUACAUAUGGACUUUACAUGCGUUUGAUAUCGAUGUGGUUCCAGAUCUGGAUUUCCCUAUACCGACGUUUCCUCCAUAUCCCAAGCCAAAGUCUCAGGUUGCAGCAGUUAGGCCUGACAUGUCUAAAGUGGUCCGGAUCUUGAACGGUGAUUCGCAGCUUCCGAGCAAUUUGCUGGAUAUUGUCAAGGCCGAGAGGAACCUUUCACUUCCCGUGGACGCUGAAAGCUUUGUCGAGAAGUCCAUAAUUUACCUUGGAUUUGGUUUGGGAACUGCUCUAACGUGCGCUUUUACCAUCAAGUACUUGGACAAACAAGUGGACAUGAUGCUCCAGAUUGCCAGAAAUCUUUCUUUGAUCAGUGGAAAGCUUCUCCGAGUAACAAUUUUGUAUGACCAGAAGAUGAAACAGCUUAGUGUCACAUUAUCAUCGCCAGAGGAAGCUUAUUACCCCAAGCAACCACUUCUUUCGCUAAACCAAGAUCUGUCACCGUAUCUUUUGGAGAAAAUGUAUGUCGGUUUCACAGCCUCGACGGGGUCGGUUGGAGCAAUGCACUACGUGUGGAUUUGGUAUAGAUAUACCAUACUGAUUGUUCCAGACGUGGAUUUCGGGAUACCGACGUUUCCUCCAUAUCCCAAGGCAAAAUCACUGUCACAAGCAGAGCCCGAAGAGGUCGUUCUUGCAGACUGGGCGAUAAAUCGUUGGGAAAACGGUGAUAUUGUAGAGGCGGCUAAUGAAAGAAUCCGAGAAGAUCAUGACAAGGGACAGCUUGAGCUUGUUCUGAAGCUAGGAGUGUUAUGCUCGCACAGGGAUGAAGAGAUUAGGCCGGAUAUGGCUACGGUGGUUAAGAUCUUGGACGGAGUUUCUGAGCUUCCAGAUAAUCUGCUAGAUAUUGUUAGAUCCGAGAAGUUGGAAAAUUGGUACGAGAGGUACAGCAAAGUGCUUGAUCCGGCGACGACGGUGGAGUCCAUAGGUAACUUGGCCAUUACGGAACCGAUACUUCCGCCGGGCAGACCAAGGCUGGUUUGGGAGGGAUCCGCCGGGUUAGUCAACGAUUUCCUAACGUUGACAGGCACCAAGAAGCACGCCUAUGGUCAAGUCUUCGACGACUCACCACUGCCUUUCAAGAAUUCCACUAAUGGUACCGUGAUUUCUUUCUCUAUCUCCUUUUUCUUUGCUAUCAUCCCUGAGCAUAGGCACAACGGCUCUCAUGUUAGUGGAAAGCUGCUCCGCGUCACGAUUUUGUAUAGCCGUGUAGAGAAACAGCUUAAUGUCACCUUAUCACCAGCAGAAGUUAAUGUCCCGGAGCGGCCGCUUCUUUCACUGAACCAAGAUCUAUCACCUUUGUUUUUGGAGGAAAUGUAUGUUGGCUUUGCAGCCUCUACAGGGGCGGUUGGAGCAAUACAUUACAUGUGGCUGUGGCUGAUAGAGCGAAGAGCAGCCACCAACGAAGUCGUCCUUGCUGAAUGGACAUUAGAUUGCUGGGAAAACGGAGAUAUUCUCCAGGCAGCCAAGGAAAGACUCUGCCAAGAACACAAUAAAGAACAGCUCAAGCUUGUUUUGAAAUUGGGAGUGUUGUGUUCUCACCAGGCUGUAGCAAUUAGGCCGGACAUGUCUAAGGUGGUCCAGAUCUUGGAUGGCGAUCUGCAGCUUCCAGAUAAUCUACUCGAUAUAGUCAAAGCAGAGAAGGUCAGAAUGUGGUCCGAGACAUCUGAGAGUGUACUUGGUGUUUUGACAUCACAAGGGUCCAUUGGUACCUUGACGACAUACGGUUACGGAGAUGACAAUGGAGUCAGCAGGACACUUGACCAUCACGGAACCGAUGACUUCCAGCGAACGCCUUACAAAUUCCCUUCCUCGACUCGUCCGCCAACUUCUUCUUUCAGAUCUCCCAAGUUCCUCUGCCUCGCUUCAUCUUCUCCUGCUCUCAGCUCCGGCGCCAAGGAAGUUGAGAGCUUGAAGAAGCCAUUUACGCCACCUAGGGAGGUGCAUGUUCAAGUCUUGCACUCCAUGCCACCUCAAAAGAUCGAGAUCUUCAAAUCUAUGGAAAACUGGGCCGAGGAGAACCUUCUGAUUCACCUCAAGGAUGUGGAGAAGUCUUGGCAACCCCAGGAUUUCUUGCCUGACCCUGCAUCAGAUGGGUUUGAAGAUCAGGUAAGAGAGUUAAGAGAGAGGGCGAGAGAGCUCCCCGAUGAUUACUUUGUUGUUUUGGUGGGGGACAUGAUCACAGAAGAAGCACUUCCGACCUAUCAAACUAUGUUGAACACUUUGGAUGGAGUUAGGGAUGAAACAGGUGCUAGUCCUACUUCAUGGGCUAUUUGGACCAGAGCUUGGACUGCAGAAGAAAACCGACAUGGCGAUCUUCUGAAUAAAUACCUUUACUUGUCUGGUCGGGUUGACAUGAGGCAGAUCGAAAAGACCAUUCAGUACUUGAUUGGAUCCGGAAUGGAUCCGCGGACAGAGAAUAAUCCCUACCUUGGCUUCAUCUAUACUUCAUUCCAAGAAAGAGCGACCUUCAUCUCUCAUGGAAACACAGCCCGCCAAGCCAAAGAGCAUGGGGAUAUGAAAUUAGCCCAAAUAUGUGGGACAAUAGCUGCAGACGAGAAGCGUCACGAAACUGCUUACACCAAGAUAGUUGAAAAGCUCUUUGAGAUUGAUCCUGAUGGUACUGUCAUGGCUUUUGCAGACAUGAUGAGAAAGAAAAUCUCAAUGCCUGCUCACUUGAUGUAUGAUGGGCGCAACGACAACCUCUUUGACAACUUCUCUUCCGUGGCUCAGAGGCUCGGUGUUUACACCGCCAAAGACUACGCCGACAUUCUUGAGUUUUUGGUUGGUAGGUGGAAAAUUCAGGACUUAACCGGGCUUUCAGGUGAAGGAAACAAAGCACAAGACUACUUAUGCGGGUUGUCUCCAAGAAUCAAGAGAUUGGAUGAGAGAGCUCAAGCAAGAGCCAAGAAAGGACCCAAGAUUCCUUUCAGUUGGAUACACGACAGAGAAGUGCAGCUCUAAAAGGACAAAGACAAAAAAAAACCUUUCCUCCCGGUUCCUCAUUUCAUCUGUCUGCUCUUAAAAUUGGUGUAGAUUACUAUGGUUUCUGAUAAUGUUGGUGGGUCUAGUUACAAAGUUGAGAAGCACUGAUUUAGUAGCUUUGGUUUUCCCAGUCACUAUAUGUUUGGUCUUUGAUCCGUUAGUACACUUGUUGUAGUUAAAACAGUUAAAGUCUGGUCUGUUGUACUCAGUCUUCUCUGUGGAGUUUUGUUUCAGUUCAGGUUAGUUUUUGUUUUUGUCUCUGUUUUAUCCCCUGUUUCUAGACAACAACUCAUGUGGCUUCUUAGCAAUUUUGAUGGUAGAUUAUGAUGAAUAUCUUCCAUUUCAAAAUUGGUCAAUGUUUAAAUAUCAAGUUUUGAUUUGGUCAGGACACAAAUCUUUCUCCUUGAGAACUCUGAAGUUCAAUAACACGGUUUAGUUUCA